UAUCCAUCACUACUUAAGUCCAAAGAGUAGUUCUUCUUCUUCGUUGAAGGAUUAAAGAAAAAUAAAAUUAGAGAAAAAAAUGACAGUAAUGGGGAAGCUGAAGAUUUUUGUAAUACAGGAGCCAGUUGUAGGUGCUUCUUGCCUCAUCGCCGGUGUCGGUCUUUUUCUCCCAGCUGUGGUUAGGCCGAUUUUGGAUUCUUUCAAAACGAGUAAGCAAGUUCCUCAGCCCGCCUUAAGUGAUGUUGUUGCAGGUGUGCGUAAAAAGCAAUGAUGAAUGAAGUAGCCUGACAUCAAACAUUCUCCCCUGCUAAGUAGCAUGAAAUAAGCUUCUUUUUCUGUUAUGUUGAGCCGUGUUCUGUACCAUUUUAUGGAUAUUCUUUUGCGUUGUUGAAUUAAAGCAUUGAAAUAAUUGAUGGUUAGUUU